CCUCUCAGCACUCAGCGCAAGGAAGCACGGCCACCUCCACCAUGUCUGGCAGUUGCUGUUCUAGGAAAUGCUUCUCCGUGCCAGCCAUCUCUCUCUGCUCCACUGAUGUGAGCUGCAGAGGCCCCAUCUGCCUGCCCAGUUCCUGCCAGAGCCAGACGUGGCAGCUGGUGACUUGUGAAGAUAGCUGUGGAUCAUCCAGCUGCGGGCCACAGUGCUGUCAACCCUCCUGUCCCGUGAGCAGCUGUGCCCAACCCCUGUGCUGUGAGCCUGCUGCGUGUGAGCCUUCUUGCUCUGUGAGCAGCUGCUGCCAACCCGUGUUCUGCGAGACCACCACCUGUGAGCCUUCUUGCUCUGUGAGCAGCUGCUGCCAACCCGUGUGCUUCGAGGCCACCAUCUGUGAGCCUUCUUGCUCCGUGAGCAGCUGUGCUCAACCUGUGUGCUGUGAGCCUGCUAUUUGUGAGCCUUCUUGCUCUGUGAGCAGCUGCUGCCAACCUGUAUGCUCUGAAGCCACUUGCUGCCAACCAGUCCUAUGUGUGCCCACUUCCUGCCAGCCCAUCCUCUGCAAAUCCAGCUGCUGCCAGCCAGUCGUCUGUGAGCCCAGCUGCUGCCCAGCUGUCUGCACCGUGCCUAGUUCCUGCCAACCUGUGGUCUGUGAGCCUGCCUGCUGUCAGCCGGUGUGCCCCACACCUACCUGCUCUGUGACCAGCAGCUGCCAGGCUGUCUGCUGUGACCCCAGCCCUUGUGAGCCAUCUUGCUCAGAGUCUAGCGUCUGUCAGCCAGCUACCUGCAUGGCUCUGGUCUGUGAGCCAGUUUGCCUCCGCCCUGUCUGCUGUGUUCAGAGCCCAUGUGAGCCACCUUGUGUCCCCAGCACAUGCCAAGAGCCUUCUUGUUGUGUCUCCAGUAUCUGCCAACCCAUCUGCUCUGAGCCCAGCCCCUGCUCACCAGCUGCCUGUGUGCCCAAUCCAUGCCAACCUACUUGCUAUGUAGUCAAGCGCUGUCGUUCUGUCUGCCCCGAGCCAAUUUCCUGUCCAUCUACCUCCUGCCAGCCUCUUUCCUGCCGUCCAGGAUCUUCUGCAUCUGUCAUCUGCCGACCAACUUGCCCUAAGACCUUCUACAUACCUAGUUCCUGCAAACGGCCUUGUAGUGCUCUGGGUUCCUACCGCCAGCUCUCCCGUCCGAUCUGCCGCCCGAUCUGCUCUGGACUCCUCACCUAUAGGCAGCCAUACGUGACCUCCAUCUCCUACCGUCCUGCCUGCUACCGCCCAUGCUACUCCAUCCUGCGCCGCCCGGCCUGUGUCACUUCCUACUCUUACCGCCCAGUCUGCUCCCGCCUGUCUUGCACGGAGUCCGACUCUUCCAAACGGGCUUGCAAAAAAUCCACGUCCAGCCAACUGGAUUGUGUUGACUCAACCCCCUGCAAGGCGGAUGUUUCAGAGGAGGGUCCCUGCCAGCCCACUGAGGCCAAACCCAUCAGCCCAACCACCCGUGAGGCCGUAGCAGCUCAGCCCGCUGCCAGCAAGCCUGCCAACUGCUAAACUGGCUUCGGCCCUCCAAUUCCUGCAAAGCAAGCCACCAGCUAGAGACAAAACUGCGCUGUUUUCUCCAAAGCUCAUUGUGACUUAGCUAGGAGCUCUUUCUUUCUGCGUUGUUACUCACCAUCUGCUUACGCCUCAAAGAACUCAUCCGAAAUGUCAGUAUCCUAAUCACUUAACUGAAGGCCUCCUGGACAGCAAGAGGGAGACAUUCCAGGUUCAUGCCUUCUGCUGCGAUUAAGCUGAGAAAAGCCGCUUGGCUUCACCAUCUAGGGUCUCUUUCCUGACAUGAAGUUUUUUCUGUCGUCAUCUAUGUGCUCCCUUGCUCUGCACACUUGUGUUCCUUAGGGACUUCUCCGAUCAGGUAGAAUAUGUAACUGUGCAAUAAAGGUGGCUAACCUGAA